GCGUGAUAUGUAUGAUGUUAGUAUCCAGUCAGAAGAUAACACUGUGAUACACUGUCACAAGUGUGUGUUAGUUGCCAGACUGGAGUACUUCCACAGCAUGCUAGGCAGUGGCUGGAUUGAGACAUCCAACACGACCUCUCUGUCACUACCUGUUCCUGGAGACAUAUUGGAAAUACUUAUAGACUUUCUGUACACAGACACAUCCCAAGUAGUUGAAGAGUGUGACAAUGCUGAGUUCCUGUGUAACAUUCUGGUGUCAGCUGAUCAGUUGUUGAUUACACGGCUAAAGGAGAUGUGUGAGGUGUCCAUCGCCACACUCAUAAACUUGAAGAAUGUGGCAGAGAUCCUUGAGUUUGCCUGUGUGUACAACGCUCAGCAACUGCAGGCUGUUUGUCAGGAAUUCAUCGUUAUCAACCUGGCAGCCAUGUUUGAGGGCAGACACCUUGAUGUUCUGAGUGACGAUGUCCUGGCUGGUCUAACUGUCUACUAUCACAACAAGACUAAGGCCAUGUCACGACGUAUCAUUACACCAUACUUUGACGGCCCUAGCAAGGACUUCCUUGAGUGUUUGGCAGCAGACAUGGACAGUGAAGGUCCUACAUUGACUAAUGAGGGCAGUCAAAAGAAGAACAAGUCAAAAAAGAGGAGAAGCCGUCAGAAAAGCUUAAGUGAGGAUUUGGAAAAGACAGCUCAAAUUAGAUCACAGAAACGUGAUCGACAGAUAUCAGUUAGCUCAGAUCAUAGUGUUAAGUCUGAGGAGGAAAGCUUGGAUAACAUCCUGAACUUACUGGCCUCUAGUCCUGGCAGUGGGGAACCUCUACAGUGUCAAGUAGCAGAGAACCAAACAGAAAAACAGGUGGUUGAGAAGAUUUUACCAACAGAAGAAGUGUUGACAAGGAAAAAUAAACAGAGAUCUAAUAGUAGUCAGAAACCAUUAACAAUAAGUCUGACGUCAAGGUCACAUGACCGCUUUCCUGUGGUUUCAACAACUGCGGUGACGUCCCCAGAACAUCAAUCAUCAAUAGCCUGGCAGAAGUCUCCUACACCACACAAAUCUCCUAUUCCACAGAAUACCACCACCCCAAAAGUACAGCCUGUCCCAACCAUAGAUACGACUUGCUCCAGAGGUUCAAGUUCAGCUCUCAGUUUGCGUGAAAUAAUGGAAGAAGAAAAUAGGAGGAUUAAAAGUCCAGCCAAGAGCAGCUCCAAAUUUUCAUGGAAGGAAGCUAAGAAACAACAGAAAGCUGUGGCAGUUAACAGUAGUAGUCAGCCAUUGAAGGGAAGUAAUCCAGCAGAACCCCAAACUCCACAGACACCCAACAAAUCAACAUGUCCAUGGGGUGAUGUGAAUACUACUGUAAAAUCCUUCAGAGAUUUGAUGUCUGAGGACAGCAGUAAAGCAGUCAAACAACCCUUGCCAACUAAACAGACCAUCCAGUCAGCCCUUGUAACUCACAAAGGAUUCAAACCCAAACCCACAGUCAGUUGGGGAAUACCAACAAGUCAUGUCCGAGAGGAGGGACCACAGAGUGACCCUGUAGGGGAAGAACCUCCAAGCCCAAGGAGUCCAGACAAUCCCUGGACUAAAAAGGUCAUGACCAGCCCCUCCCCCGGCGAUUCUGUGUGCUUCACUGAUAUUGUCAAGGAUGAACAACAGAGGACUGAGACCCUGGCUAAGGCAGCCAAGAAACACCUCAGUCUGAUACAAAUGGAGGAACAAGCUAUUCAGGAGCUGUUGGUACACUACAGAGCUGCAGACAAUUUGGAUGAACAGAUAACAGUUGAAAGAGUCAUGCAGCAAAUGGCAACACCUCUGUGGAAAAAGUCAGCAAAGAAUUUCAUCACUAGUUAAUUAUUACUGUUGGUGAAAAUGUCAUCAGACUGCCGAAAAACGUAGCCAAAAUCAAGAUUUCUGUCAUAAGAUUGACUUUUGAAGCCAUGAUAGGUACUGACUAAAAGUGAAGAUGAAUACAGGCACAAAAUAUACACAUGUAUUGCAACUACAAAAUUUAUACUUUAGAAUAGACAUGUAAUUUUUUUCCCAGUGUUCAUAUGGUGCAGGAAAACAUCAUCAAAUUGUUGUGUUCAUUUGUGACCUAAACACCUCAUAUAUCAACAUUACCUUAUAUUUAGAGAUCACCGUACUUAUAAAUCAAGAACACACGACAGCAGAAGUAAGCAAAAAAGUAUAUGUAAUGUGUUUUAAGCAAAAGACAAAAAAUUACCGUUCAGAGAAAGGUAUUCAGCAAUGUUCAAACAAAAAUGACCCACGUCAUACUCACAUGUUGAUAUUUAAACCUUGUGCAUUCUUCUCUAUGUAGCAAGGAGUAAGAAUAGCUCCUGGUGCUUAACAUAUUUUUGUAGACUUAGAUGUCUGGCUUCCUGUCAGCUGUUGACUUGUGUGUGGGAAUACCAGCUUUAUGAUUGUGUGUAGGUUUGAUGUGUGUUUGAGAUGACUGCAACAAUAAGUGUUGAAAGGUUUGCUUUGUAUAGGAGACUGGCAGGUUCAUGUGUAUGUAGAUUUGAUGUAUGGUUUAGGUGAAUGCCAAGGUGAGUGUUUGAAGGUUGGAUGCAUUUAGCAGAGAAGCAUACUAGAGGUUUCAAUGCAAAUGAAAUAAUUAAAGGAGAAAAUUUAUCUAGAAAUAUUAGUUAUGUAUUUAUGUUAGUAUUCAGAAUUUACAUCAGGAAUGCUUAAUGGAUUUAAGAUACUUACAUACAGCAUCCUAUUCAAGAAUUAUCAUCAACCAGUUCAAACACCCGAGUUUGAUUUAUAUCAGCCUUUGAAAAAGAAUUUGUACACAAUCUGUGGUAAUUGAUAUAUAGUGUAUUCCUUUAAAAACACAUUGUUAAAAAACACUAAAGUGAAUAUUUCACUAGUGACCUCCUGAAGAUAGGGCAUAUUUGUUUCAGGAUCAAAUUAGAGCAAGAAAGAAUGUAAUGAAAAUAUGAAAGUGUCAUACAUGUUUCCUUAUCUUCAUCAUAUACUACUUAAUGUGUGUUUGAUAGUGUGGACAUUAGUUUCUUCAGAAUAAGGAAACCGUAUCAUUAAAAGCAUUGCUGAUUGUUUUUUGCCAGUAAGGAAAUAUGUAUUUUGCAGAACAUGUAUCAAAAGUCACCAAAAAAGUAUUCAUUGAAGGGUUUUAUGGAAAGUGCUACUAUAUUGACCUUGUUUUAGUUCAUAUUUUUAUUCUUGUUGAUAUUAUUUUACACUGUUUUUGCUGAUGAUGAUGUAAAUAUUAAUUUACAUAAAGUUUGCUGAUAAUGUAAAUAAUGUUAGUAUUUAUUAUACAUGUACCUUGUUUUUAUUAUUGUUAAAUAGUGUUAGUGGUUAUCUCCCCUUCAUUAUUGUCUCUUGGUGGAGUCGAAUUCUGGUGAUAGGUAAAUUCGCGGGGCACCUGGCCACCUGAAAUAAGACAGCUAUUAACUAAUUAUGUAUGUUCCUAUUUUGACUACAAAUAAAAAAGGCUUUAUUGAUUAGUAAACAAAGGAAGGGGGAUGACUGGUGUUUGUAAAAUAUUAGUAAACAAAGGAAGGGGGAUGACUGGUGUUUGUAAAAUAUUAGUAAACAAAGGAAGGGGGAUGACUGGUGUUUGUAAAAUAUUAGUAAAGGAUGGCUUUUUACAAUUAUAUACAUUAAUCAGUCAUUGACCAGUAGAUGUCAUUAUACUGACACACCCUAGUCUUGUGAAUAAAGAUCUGGUAUGAUAGUCAGAUACUGGCUAUAAUUAUUUCUCGAGCUUUAACAAUGUUAUCAAGUGAGGGUAAAUGUUGCGAGAUUAUAAUGAUUGUUGACACUCAACACAAAGUAUCGAGAAGUGAUGAAACUAUUCUUUACUAGGCAGCAGUAAAUGUUGUCAGAUCAGGAUUAAUUGCUGAUGUUAUGGUAAGUGAUAAUAUAGUUUGUUGACUACAGAACAAUGAUGAAAUAAGAUUUCAGAAUAGUGUAUGUGCUACUAAGAAUCAACCUUUGGUAAAAUCUGUUAUAGUGUCCUGAUAUUUUCCCACGAAGAUUACAUUUGAUAAAUGAUAAGUUUGACCUAAUAAGUUUUAUUUCAAUGCUUUUUUUGCCAGGUUUGCAAAUAAGAUACUGCUGCCCCUUGUACUUAAGAAAACAAAUGACAGAUAUUGCCAUAGUUUGUACAAUAGUUAUUUCAGACAUUCACAUUGAUCAGUUACUCAUUAAAUCAGACCUUGUUUUAUUCUCUGGGUUGUAAUAUCUUCUACAUUGCCAUUCUGAUCUGAUUAUAUCAACAUGUUAAUAGGUGUUGAAAGGAAAAAGUUGAAGUGCUAUUUCUUACUAGAGUGCUAGCUUUAGUAGGCUCUAACUGCUACACAAGCAAUACUGACUGUAGCAUUGCUUCCACAAUAUACUGAACUUUUUGCUGAUAAAAUGCAUUAUGUAACUGUAGCGGGCAUACUAAGAUUUGUAAAUUUUGUAAAAUGUCUGCUAUGAUGCAAUUGUUUAAUUUUUGGAUACUAGCUGUAGCAAGCCUGCAAUAGUGGUUAUUUAUUGGUAAAAUGCUAGAUGCAAAUGUAGCAUUCAUGCUAUAAUUUGACCUGUGAAACGCUAAUUGUAGCAUGGUUGCUAUUAUGUUAUUGUUUAAUUUUUGGAUACUAGCUGUAGCAAGCCUGCAAAAGUAGCUAUUUAUUGGUAAAUUGCUAGAUGCAAUUGUAGCAUUCAUGCUAUAAUUUUCCCUGUUUAAUGCUAAAUGUAGCAUGACUGCUACAAUGUAACUUUUUACUUUAGAGAAUGCCACUUUUUUCAAGCCAUCUACAAUAGCUAUUUACCACCCUGUAGGAUGUUACCUUCAGUGUACAUAUUUACUUGUAAAAGGUAACAGGUUAUUAAAAUGUAUCUCAUACUUGUUUAUGUUGAUAAAUAUAUGUAUUACAAUGUGGAGCCAUCUUGUGUAACAAUGUUUCCUAUACACAAUAUUCUUUAUAACGUUAACCCCAUUCACUGUCAAAUUUCUACUUUCUCUUCUGAGACAUGUUCACUGUCUGCUCCAAUCUAACAUAUUCUCCUAUACAGUAAAUACAGUUUUGUUGUCACAGUAUAAUUAUUACUAUGGUGAUUGGUAUACCUGCUUUUCCUAAUAUCAUCUCUUUUUUCAUUAUUUAUGAUAUGAAAUAAUAUGUUUUCCCCUCAAAAAUAAGACUACAAAAUUUACACAAAAAGAAGUCCCUGUUAAAUGGCUCUUGUCAUUCUGUACACUGAUUCAAUUAGUUGUUGGAGCUAAUGGGUAAUACUAUUCCACAAGUAUUUGUUUACUUCUACAAUCCAUCCCGCUCAAAUGAUUGAAUGAUAACAUAAUAAAAUGUGAUUGAACACCAUA